UUACGUGGCAGUUAUUUGAUACUCGUUGGUUGUGUUGUUCUCUCUGUCUUUCUCACUCAAAUCUCAAUCACACACUCAAUUCUCCAAAAAUCUCUUCCACCUUUCAUGGCUUCCCUUACCCACUCUCCACCUUCGCUCUCUCACUUCUCUUCUCCUUCCCUUCACAGGCCCCGCCGCAACCUCCAUCUUCUCGCGCCAAAACCAUCUCAACCAAGGCCUUCUCUUGUUAUCAGUUCCGUGGGUGUCGCUGACCCUUCUCCUUCUUCCUUUUCCUACGCCGGGGACACCUCCGAUUCCAUCUCCUCUUUCAAGCUCAAUCUGCUGAGUGCGGUUUCUGGGCUGAAUAGAGGUCUUGCUGCAAAUGAAGAUGAUCUUCGAAAGGCAGAUGAUGCGGCUAAGGAACUUGAAGCUGCUGGAGGAGUUGUGGAUCUCUCGGUUGGUCUUGAUAGAUUGCAAGGAAGAUGGAAACUCAUAUAUAGCAGUGCCUUCUCUUCUCGUACUCUUGGUGGGAGUCGCCCUGGACCUCCCAUUGGAAGACUGCUUCCUAUAACUCUUGGACAGGUUUUUCAACGAAUUGACAUCUUAAGCAAAGAUUUUGAUAACAUAGUGGAGCUUCAAUUGGGUGCUCCAUGGCCCUUGCCACCCCUCGAAGUAACAGCCACAUUAGCGCACAAAUUUGAAAUCAUAGGAUCUUCAAAGAUAAAGAUAAUAUUUGAGAAAACCACUGUGAAGACGGCUGGGAAUUUGUCACAGUUGCCACCAUUAGAGGUACCUCGAAUUCCAGAUGCAUUGAGGCCUCCAUCUAAUAAUACAGGAAGUGGUGAAUUUGAAGUUACAUAUCUUGAUGCGGAUACCCGCGUGACAAGAGGAGAUAGAGGCGAGCUAAGGGUCUUUGUGAUUUCUUGAGUUCCUGGUGUAUGCACUAUGCAUUUUCUCUGUUGGACUUGAAAGAAAUGUUCCAACACUUGUAUCUGUCAUUUUUUUUUCUUCUUUUUCCUGAUAGUAUUUGUUAUAAGUGCUUCAAUUUUGUAAACAUGGAUUUACAGAUGGAACUAAACCCUACUAUUAGCUUCAAGGAAACAGGAUACUUUUUGUUUAAAUGUAACAUAUUUCUUUUGAAGGAAUAAUUGCUUAUAGAUCAUUAGAUAUGGACACUUGAAUA